AUGGCCUUCGCCGGCCAAACUCCCACGAUUGUCGUGCUCAAAGAGGGCACCGACGCUUCCCAGGGCAAGGGCCAGAUUAUCUCCAACAUCAACGCCUGUGUUGCUGUCCAGUCGACCGUCAAGAGCACCCUAGGCCCGUACGGUGGUGACCUGCUGCUUGUUGACAGCAAUGGCAAGCAAACCAUCACCAACGAUGGAGCUACAGUGAUGAAGCUUCUCGAUAUUGUCCACCCGGCCGCCCGCAUCCUCACGGAUAUCGCCCGAUCGCAAGACGCCGAAGUCGGUGAUGGCACAACCUCCGUGGUGAUCCUCGCUGGUGAGAUUUUGAAGGAGGUGCGAGACCUUGUCGAACAGGGCGUCAGCUCGCAGACUAUCGUUAAGGGUCUGCGGAGAGCCAGUGCUAUGGCGGUCAACAAGAUCAAGGAGAUCGCGGUGGAUAUGAUUGAAACGGCGGAGAACGUAGACAAGAAAAUCCAGACUCUUCGGCGACUAGCCGGGACCGCGAUGAACAGCAAGCUCAUCAAGCGGAAUUCGGAAUUCUUUACCAAGAUGGUUGUCGAUGCUGUGCUUUCUCUCGACCAGGAUGAUCUUAACGAGAAGUUGAUCGGUAUGAAGAAGGUGACCGGCGGUGGCCUUCAGGAUUCCCUUUUCGUCAACGGCGUGGCUUUCAAGAAGACCUUCUCCUACGCCGGUUUCGAACAGCAACCCAAAUUCUUCAAGGACCCCAAGAUUGUGUGCUUGAACGUCGAGCUGGAAUUGAAGAGCGAGAAAGACAACGCCGAGGUUCGGGUCGAGCAAGUCUCUGAGUACCAGGCCAUUGUUGAUGCCGAAUGGCAAAUCAUCUAUAACAAGCUGGAGGCCAUUUACAAAACGGGUGCCAAGGUUGUGCUUAGCAAGUUGCCCAUUGGUGAUCUGGCUACCCAGUACUUUGCGGACCGGGACAUCUUCUGUGCCGGCCGCGUUGCAUCCGAUGAUUUGGACCGUGUCUGCCAGGCUACCGGUGCUGCUACCCAAUCCACCUGCAGUGACAUCCAGGAUCGUCAUCUGGGUACCUGCGGUGCGUUCGAGGAGCGCCAGAUUGGUGGAGAGCGCUUCAACCUGUUCUCUGAGUGCCCUAAAGCGAAGACUUGCACCUUGGUCCUGCGUGGUGGUGCGGAGCAGUUCAUUGCCGAGGUGGAGCGAAGUCUGCAUGACGCGAUCAUGAUCGUCAAGCGGGCGCUGCGCAACACCACCAUUGUCGCCGGUGGUGGCGCCACGGAGAUGGAACUCUCCAGCUACCUGCAUGGCUAUGCCGACCGCAAUGUCCCUCACAAGCAGCAGGCUGUGGUCAAGGCGUUCGCCAAGGCUCUGGAAGUUGUUCCCCGUCAGCUCUGCGACAACGCAGGUUUCGACGCCACCGACAUCUUGAACAGGUUGCGUGUGGAGCACCGCAAGGGUAAUGUGUGGGCUGGCGUGGACUUUGACAAUGAGGGUGUUCGGGACAACAUGGUUGCUUUUGUCUGGGAGCCCUCUCUGGUCAAGGUCAAUGCAAUCCAGGCGGCCGUGGAGGCGGCUUGCUUGAUCUUGAGUGUGGAUGAGACGAUCAAGAACGAAGAGUCGGCCCAGCCUGGGGCUCCGCAACGCGGUCUGCCCCCAGGUGCUGCCCAGCGAGCUCUCCGGGGCCGUGGUCGCGGAAUGCCGCGUCGCGGAUGA